CAUCCAUCCAUUCUCCACUCCAAGAAUGCCAUUCCACCAUCUUUCCUUCUCCACCAUCCUCCACUCCCUCUCCCAAACGCCCCACAGGCUUAGGAGGAGAGCGUUGGUUACGUGGACCCCAGACCAGGAGCUCAACCAAGUGAGGGAAAGAUCAGGGGCAGACAUGAAGAGGAAGCUGGAGUGGUAUGACCUUGUGGCACUCGGUGUGGGAGGGAUGCUUGGUGCUGGAGUCUUCGUGACGACAGGCAGGGUCGCCCAUGAGGUCACAGGCCCUGCCGUCUUUGUUUCAUACAUCAUUGCAGGAAUAUCAGCACUCCUUUCUUCACUGUGUUACACUGAGUUCUCCGUCGAGACACCGGUCGCCGGUGGUGCUUUUAGUUAUCUAAGGAUAACAUUCGGAGAGUUUGUGGGCUAUUUUGGAGGGGCAAAUAUAUUAAUGGAGUAUGUUCUAUCAAACGCAGCAGUGGCAAGAAACUUUACUGAGUAUUUGAGCAGUGCCUUUGGUUCGCAUAACGCGAGCUCAUGGAGGGUUGAAGUGUCUGGCCUAGCCAAGGACUAUAACCAACUGGAUUUCCCUGCUGUUGUUCUUCUUCUUCUUCUCACUCUAUGCCUUUGUCAUGGCACAAAGGAGAGCUCCAUGUUGAACCUUGUGAUGACUGUCUUUCAUGUGAUCUUCUUUGGAUUUAUUAUUGUUGCUGGUUUCUGCAACGGGAGUCCAAGAAAUUUGGUAAAGCCUAAAGGGCUGCUUCCCUUUGGUGCGAGAGGGAUUCUUGAUGGAGCAGCCAUAGUAUACUUCAGCUACAUUGGCUAUGAUUCCGUGUCAACCAUGGCAGAAGAGAUUAGGAACCCCUCAAAAAGCCUUCCUAUUGGCAUUGCCGGCUCCGUGCUAAUCGUCUCCACACUCUAUUGUCUGUUGGCCUUGGCUUUGUGCUUCAUGAUUCCUUACAAUGAGAUAUCAGUGAACGCAUCGUUUUCUUCGGCUUUCCAGAAGAAGGUGGGUUGGAAGUGGGCGAGCAAAACCAUUGGAGCUGGGGCGAGCUUGGGUAUCGUGGCGUCCCUCCUGGUUGCCAUGCUAGGCCAGGCAAGAUACCUGUGUGUCAUUGCGAGAGCUCGGCUGGUGCCACUCUGGUUCGCCAAAGUGCACCCUUCUACCGGUACCCCAAUGAAUGCAACAAUCUUCUUGGGACUCUUCACAGCAUCAAUUGCGCUGUUCACAGAACUUGAGAUAGUGCUGGAAAUGAUAUCAAUUGGGACGCUGCUAGUCUUCUACUUGGUAGCCAAUGCACUAGUCUAUCGGCGCUAUGUGAAAGUCGGCAGGAACCGCCCACUCCCCACUCUCCUUUUCCUGCUGCUCCUCACGUCAAGCUCCAUUGGCUUCUCCUUAUCAUGGAAGCUCAAUGAAGGAUACUGGUGGGAGAUGGCUUUGUUUGGUGGUGCCUCCAUUCUUGUCACUGCUUUUUUUCAUCAUAGAGUCCCUUGCAAUCACCGGCCGUCGGAGUGGUCGGUGCCAUUCAUGCCAUGGCCGGCUGCAGCCUCCAUCUUCCUCAAUGUUUUUCUCAUGACUACUCUCAAAGCAAAGGCUUUCGUGAGAUUUGCAGUGUGGAGUUUUGUGAUCACAUUGUUCUAUGCGUUGUAUGGGGUGCACUCCACAUACCAUGCGGAAGAAAUGGAGAUGGAGAGGGGAAUAGAUCAAGGAAAUGCAAACCCAUCUUCCCAUGAUCACCAAGCUGCCAAACUGGACGUACAGGUGCCUUAGUUCAUCAUAGUAGCUGAACUUUGUUGCCUUCUUGGGCGCCCUCCAGUGCAUGAGAUAUUGGACUCCUACUUCAGGAAAAAUAAAAAGGGGAGAUCGAGAAAAACCUCUCUGAAGGGCCAUUGAGGA